UGCCUUGUCGGUGCCACCGCAAUCGAUGAACCCAUCUAAUCAGCAGUUUCUACAAACAACAGCUUGAUUUGUCAGGAGCUAACUAUCCUACUGAAGCUUUUCAACCGCAGCUAUAGCAUCAAAACAGGAAACGGGAACAACAACUAGAGGAAGCGCUAGCAACAAAACAUCCAACGAAAUUCUUGAUUCUGUUUUUGCCAGUGAUCGAAACCAAUACGAAUAACCAAUAAUCAUGAAAUUGACUACAAUCGCAACAAACGCAUUCCUGCUAGUGGCAGCGGGAUCCUUCCAAGGGUCUCAGGCAUUUGCCCCUACUUCACAUACACAACACAAAACUAGCAGCCAACUAUCUAUGGCCCAAUCGGGAACGCUUCCAUGCCGUCCCAUUGGAGUCGGGCACGCUGCCCCCAAAACGGUGGUAACGAACAAGGAUUUGGAGGCCGUAGUUGAAACAGACGACGAAUGGAUCCGAACCCGCACUGGAAUUGCCCAGCGCCGGCUCCUGGUAAGUGGCGAGUCCCUUCGGGAGCUAGGUGUCAAGGCCUCCAAGGAUGCCUUGGAAAUGGCAGGCGUUUCGGCCGAAGAUAUCGAUAUUGUCAUCUGCGCCACCAGCAGUCCCGAAGACAUGUUUGGAGAUGCCACCGCGAUUGCUGCCGAGAUUGGAUGCUCGAAAGCAACCAUGGCAUUUGAUUUGACAGCCGCAUGCAGCGGUUUUUUGUUUGGAACCGUCACGGCGGGGAUGUAUUUGAGCAGCCCUAACACGAAACUGAAAAACGCUUUGGUGAUUGGUGCCGAUGCCCUUUCCAGAGUUGUCGACUGGGAGGAUCGAAACCAAUGUAUCCUUUUCGGGGACGGAGCCGGCGCAAUGGUCGUCACCAACCAAAAUGACAGCGAUGACGAAAGCGAUGAAAUAACGCCGGGAUUGCUUGGAUACGCCGCGCAUUCCAACGGAGAAGGAUACGAAGAUUUGAAUUGCGUGUAAGUUAUGAAAAUAUUUUCUUUUUCUCGGUACACCGUUGUUGAUAUCGACCGUUGGUUCGCCUGAAGAAUCAAACUGCGAUCAGAUUGUGCAUAUCAUUACUGACGAGAAAUAUAUAUGGAAUAUAUAUUUUUUUAAUAUGCUUCUUACCUUUCUCUUUCUGUAUGGAUGGAUUCAUUGGAUAAAAAUUCUGAAUGAAAUCAAUUAUUAUGCUACAGAUACAAGGGAACUCCGGUUGAAGUAUCAACACCAGAUCCAAUCACAUUAGAAAACUCCGAGUACAACAACCUGGCUAUGACUGGCCAAAACGUAUACAAAUUCGCCACGAGAGAAGUCCCCCGGGUCGUCACAGAAGCUCUCGAAGAAGCCAACAUGACCGCCGAUGACAUUGAUUGGUUACUACUUCACCAGGCCAACAUUCGAAUUAUGGAAGUGGUCGCCAAACGCCUAAAAAUUCCGAAGGAAAAGAUCAUCACAAACUUGGCUGAUUACGGGAAUACCAGUGCGGGAUCCAUUCCCAUCGCUCUUAGUGAGGCGGUCCAGUCGGGACAAGUGAAGAAGGGGGAUGUCAUUGCGUGCGCCGGAUUUGGUGCUGGUUUAUCGUGGGGAUCCGCCAUUCUGAAGUGGGGCUAGAAAAGAAAUGACAAAGCAAACAGUAUCAUCAAGGCAUUUGAAUUGAUGACGACAUUUCCAUACCACCGAAUAUACCGUACUGCCACAGCCCUCUCCGACCAUGAAGCAUAUGCCAUGACUUUUCUAAAAAAGGCAUACUUCGAAUGCCAUUGCUAAUGUACUUUUCUAGAGAUUAUCUACCGUUCUCCCAUACCAAUAUUUUGUAUUCUGCUAAUUCUUCGUUUAUUAUUCUAGAAGCCUGAUACUUCAAAGACUUGCUGCAAUUGACAGUAUUGUCAUUACCUCACGACGAUUCGAUGUCUGUCGUGAACUGAGGUUGUUUUUCAAGUCUGAAUUCGAGAAAACAUGAAAAUAGAUUACAUUACAUUGA